AUACGGUACAACCGCGGUGCAUUGUGGGACACAGAGUAAGAUGGAAGCGGCCACCACGAGCAUGUCGAAGCCUCAAUAACAAACCCUUGUCUUUAUAUACCUCCGCAUGAGACAAUUAUACAUGUUUUGUUGGUGUCAUAAAAACAGCUUCCACUAGAACACGAUCCCUACUGGACACAGAAACUGGUGUUGUGCUGCUGUAGAAAACUUCAAAGAUGUUUGGACUAGGAGGGCUUCUGAGAGCUGGAACGUCCUUCUGUCAGUCUGCUGGGGCUGUACUCCAAACAACCAGGACCAUUUCUACUGGUACAUGCUGCCAGAUCAGGAUGCAUGCCAUCCCUGAGCCAAAGAAGGUGGACAGGUGGACUGAAAAGCGGAGCAUGUUUGGAGUAUAUGAUAACAUAGACAUCUUAGGGGACUUUAAGGCUCACCCCAAAGACCUCAUCAUUGCUCCCAGCUGGCUGAAGGCUUUCAAAGGCAAUGAACUGCAGCGUCUGAUUAGAAAGAAGAAGAUGGUGGGAGACAGAAUGAUGACCUUGGACAGACACAACUUGGAGAAGAGGAUUCGCUUCCUUUACAGACACUUCAACCGCUACGGCAAACACCGCUAAAGUAGAAGACAGUGCUGGGAAAUACUUUGAAUGAGCCUGUAAGGACUGCUCAAGUCGUACUGAGUGAUUUGUCAAAGUGCUGUUUAUUACCACAUUUUCUAAUUUAUCUUACUCAGAUAUCUAUAAAUCCAUACUUUACUUUCUGUAUUUCUGUUUGUUGAUUUGUUUUAAUAUCUGAUUCACUUCUAAUUUUCUUGAAAAGCUCAAAAUAUAUCGUAUAAAAGCCUAAAAAACUAUUGUAAAGAUGAACUGAGUGAUGUUUUAUCCCUUCUAACAAACUCUCAUAGCUCUGAGACAGCCUGUGCUCUGUUGUAUUAGAUGCUAUGAUAGUCUUUUUCAAAAGACGUCAGAGAUAAGAACUCUUACAAAGUCCAAAGAACUAUUCAAACAAUAAAUAAAUGUUGAGUUUGCUUAA